GGUGUCUCGCACACAGCGGCGGAAGCGUAAAGCUGCUGUGUAAUUGUACUGUUGAACUGCCGAAGCAGAGCGUUUUUGUCUUAAGUGUUUGUCCCGAGUUUAACCAUGCCGGAUUAUUUAGGUGAUGACCAGAGGAAGCUUAAGGAAGAUGAAAAAGAUGACUCACCUAUCAGAGCUUUGGAUGAAGGGGACAUAGCCCUGCUGAAAACAUAUGGUCAGAGCACCUACUCCAGACAGAUCAAACAAGUAGAAGAUGACAUCCAGCAACUGCUCAAAAAGAUCAACGAGCUCACAGGCAUCAAGGAGUCAGACACAGGCCUGGCCCCACCAGCACUCUGGGAUUUGGCUGCUGACAAACAGACUCUGCAGAGUGAGCAGCCGCUGCAGGUGGCAAGGUGCACAAAGAUCAUAAAUGCAGAUUCGGAGGAUCCCAAAUACAUCAUUAAUGUCAAACAGUUUGCUAAGUUUGUGGUGGACUUGAGUGACCAGGUGGCACCAACUGACAUCGAGGAGGGCAUGAGAGUCGGUGUUGACAGAAACAAGUAUCAGAUCCACAUUCCUCUGCCUCCAAAAAUUGACCCAACUGUCACCAUGAUGCAGGUGGAGGAGAAGCCUGAUGUGACCUAUAGUGACGUUGGUGGAUGUAAAGAGCAGAUUGAAAAGCUGAGAGAAGUGGUUGAGACCCCACUGCUGCAUCCUGAGAGGUUUGUCAAUCUGGGUAUUGAGCCUCCUAAAGGUGUGCUGCUGUUUGGGCCUCCUGGUACAGGAAAAACCCUGUGUGCUCGAGCCGUGGCCAACAGGACUGAUGCCUGCUUCAUCAGAGUCAUUGGCUCUGAGCUAGUGCAGAAGUAUGUGGGAGAGGGAGCCAGGAUGGUGCGAGAGCUGUUUGAAAUGGCCAGGACAAAGAAGGCCUGUCUCAUCUUCUUUGAUGAAAUUGAUGCAAUUGGAGGUGCUCGUUUUGACGACGGAGCGGGAGGAGACAAUGAGGUCCAGAGGACGAUGCUGGAGCUCAUCAACCAGCUGGACGGCUUUGACCCUCGUGGAAACAUCAAAGUACUGAUGGCCACCAACAGGCCCGACACACUGGACCCGGCCCUGAUGAGACCAGGACGUCUGGACAGGAAGAUCGAGUUCAGUCUGCCCGACUUGGAGGGUCGCACACACAUCUUCAAGAUCCACGCCCGCUCUAUGAGUGUGGAGAGAGACAUUCGCUUUGAGCUUCUGGCUCGUCUCUGUCCCAACAGCACCGGUGCUGAGAUCCGCAGUGUGUGCACGGAGGCAGGCAUGUUUGCUAUUCGAGCUCGCAGAAAGAUCGCCACAGAGAAAGACUUCUUGGAGGCCGUUAAUAAGGUCAUCAAGUCCUACGCCAAGUUCAGCGCCACCCCAAGAUACAUGACUUACAACUGAGUGUGUGAGAGUGUCCACUUCGACUUUUUACUGUCACAAGAAACAGAAAACUGAGUCAAAAAUAUUCUUUUCAUUGUCAUUACUUAAAAAUAAAGUUUAUUCCACAUGA